AUGUAUAAAUCCUUUCUGUCGAAGAUAGACCCGCCAGCGGACUACGUAGGCCAAAAACUGGCAUCCGACCUUAUGUAUCUUAUAUUUGGAGUUGGAUACACUUUGGGGCUUAUAGUUGGAGUUGUGCUCAAUGACCUUGCAUACACGAUGUAUAUAAGUAUUGCAACCCUAAUCAUCUCGAUUAUUGUUGUGGUUCCGUCCUGGAGAUUUUACCGCCGAAAUCCACUGAAGUUCCGGGCACCUGUUAAAGACAAAAAAGAAUGA